UUAUGGAGCUAAAACAGGUUUAGGUAUGCCACUAAUUAUCGAAUUAAAUCUACAUCAAAUAUCUUUCCCCACAAACACCCCAUCUAUAUAUUUCUCUUCACUUCUCAUUACUUCCUUCAUCUCCCCAAUCGUCCUCCAAAACCCCAUUGAAGUUUUCACCUUUGAGAUUUCACUCCCUAAAAUCAAAACCCUAAUUAAUUCCCAAUCCGCCCGUCAAUUUCUUAUGCUUAUUCUCGCCUAAAGGUAUGGACUUUACCACCGUCACCGCCACCAUCCAAACCCCAGAUACGGACACGGAACCGCCGUCGCCGUCGGACCCCAAAUUCAACUUCUUCAGUGGCAGGUCCUUAUCCUUCACCAGCGGCGCAUUCCAGCCUCGGCCGACGCGAACAAGGGUGGUUGCCUACAAAGAAUGUCUCAAGAACCAUGCUGCCAGCUUAGGUGGCCACGCUCUCGACGGUUGCGGCGAGUUCAUGCCUUCCCCCUCCUCCAACCCAGCUGACCCCACCUCGCUAAAAUGCGCCGCUUGUGGCUGUCACCGCAACUUCCACUGCCGUGAUCAGCACAGACCCAAAAAUAAUGCGCCGAAAACAGCUCACAACAACCACAGCUCAAGCUCCAGCCCCAGCUCCAGCCCCAACCCUACUUUGAGCCCGCAGUCUCCCCCGCCAGUCUCCCACUUGCCCCCCUCCUAUUUCGCUUCCCCGCCGCAAAUGCUACUCGCUCUCAGCUCCGGCUUUUCUGGUCCGCCCGAUGAGCACCCCCACCAGCGCCAGCGCCAGCACCAGCUCAGUCCGACGGCUGUGAUGAAAACGGAGAAGUACCCAGGUGAGAAAAAGAGAUCCAGAACAAAGUUCAGCCAGGAGCAGAAGGAAAAGAUGUCGUCUUUUGCCGAGAAAGUCGGGUGGAGAGUGCAAAAGAGCGACGAAAGAUCGGUGGAGGAUUUUUGCAGCGAGGUGGGGAUUGGGAGGGGAGUUUUUAAGGUUUGGAUGCACAAUAACAAGCACGGUCUCAGGAGGAGAUUGGAGAGAUCGGGCGGCGUAGGCGGCGGCGGGAAUAUGAUUAUUGACAGCAAUGUCAGUGAGAUCAACGGUGAGGGUGAAAGACUUGGUUUUGACUCCAUGAAUGCUCACAUCGCCGACAACAAUGUCAAUGCCAACCCCCUUCACCUUUCCAACAAUGGGUCGUCUUCUUCGUCGUGAAACAGUGAGAAAGAUGGAAGCUUUGGGAGAUAUUAAGGUUAAUUAAUCACGCGUAUUAGUAUAAACAUUUCUUGCCAAUUUGCUAGCUCGUUCGUUAAGUAACUGUUUAGGUGGUGAGGUCGAGAGGGAAGGGAUUAGAGAGGAUAACGAUUAAAGAGAAUGUUAAGCAUAUGUUUAGCUGAAAUAUUUCUCUUAAUGCAAAGUUAAUUAAUCGA